AUGGCGGGGAUGCUGCGGCCCGUCUAUGAGGGGAAGUUCACUGACAAGUUUCCUGAGCUGUCGGCCGUGAGUGCCUUCCCCGAAGGGGUCCCACCGUGGCCGCGGAGCCGCCCGCGUUCUGCGCGUUUCUGGGGCCGGGGUCUGGCCGUGGGCUGGGGGAAGAGGCUGGAGGAGGGGCAACGUGUGGGGCAGGCUGGAAAGUUGCAUCCCACUGGCGAUACGGCUGCGAGUUGCCUCACUGAGGUUUUACCGAGGCCCAUUACUCCAACUAGUGUGCGAAAGUUUCGAAAUACAACAAAUCCAGCUCCUGGUGUUGAAAGAAUAUUCUACGGCAGAGCAGAUGAUCCUGAUAUUGCAGCUCAUUUGACACAUGGCAUACAGUCACGUUCUUCACUCAGUGCAGCUUCAUUGAUAAAUCCACUUCCUAAAACUAGUUUUCAACAAAAAAUACAAGACAAAAAAGAAGCAAUCUACUUUAGUAAUCGUCAAGCAUCCUUGGGCAGAUCACAUGAUCAGUCUUCUAUGUUACCUAAGGGCUUGGAUAUAAUUAAUACUACAUUUGGAACAAAAGUCAUCCAAGAUAUAUCAGCUGGAGAGCUUAUAAAUCCACCAAAAACUUUUGAGGAAGUGGAUAAAGAAGCCAGAGAAGGACAUGAUCUGUACAUUAUGUCACACAGUGAUUAUUAUGUGGGGGAAGCAAUAAAUAGGAAGUAUGACUCGCCAAACUUCAGCAAGUCUUUUGUUUAUGGAAUAGAAACCCCUCACUUUAAAGAUGGGCGAAGUGUAUCCAAAUCCUUAAAUUGGCUCUAUGAUCUGCAAUUGAAGAGAGCAGCAAAAAUUGUAUCAAAACGAAGUGAGGAUUUCAAGGAAAAAUUUCAACCUCAGCUUGGAAAAGUUCUUGAUCCUAUAGCAGAAACAAUGAAUGUUCCCCCAGGCCAUACAUUUGGAAUGUUACUCCGUCCAGAUGAAUAUGUUGGUGAUCUUCUUCACUGUCGGGUUCCAUGUGAAUUCCUCCGUGGCAAAGGCAGAGAGAGAGCUGUCUUGACUGCAGUUCGGCAAAGUUUGAAGAAAGCUAACUAUGAGAAUUUUGACGUGUUAGUAGAAGCAUUCAGGCAUUAUGAUAAGAAUGGUGAUGGAAUGAUAGACAAGGAUGACCUACGAAAGUCCUGUUUUCAGCUUAAUGUGAAUCUAGAUGGUGAACUCCUGGAUUCCUUAUUUGACUAUUGUGAUUUGGAUAAAGAUGGUCUGAUUAAUUAUCUGGAGUUUGCAAACUUUCUGAACUGGAAAAACAAAAUGGCUGUUAAAGAGUUUGAAGAAAAAAUAAUUUCAAAAGGGAAGAAACUAGAUGCUCCUGUUCUGCUGAAGGACACAAAGAUAAAUAAUGAGCCACUGCUGAAGCAGGAAGAUCUUGUGUUAAAAGAACUGGGAAGCUCAGAAAAGGCACCAAAGACACUUAGAAGAUCAGCAGAGCAUGUAUUUGCAAAUUAUCAAACAACUUCUUCUCAGUAUAAUGCUGUAGUAGGUGGUCUCCCAACAACCUGUUAUCCAGUGUGUGGUGUUCCAACUAUUCGUUCAGAUAUUCCUGCUCCUCAAAUUCGCCACAUCAAUGACAGAACUAAUUAUGGUGAUGAGGCCAAUGCUUAUGCAUUAUUAUUCCCUUCUGUCUACAGUCAAAAGGGAGUGUAUGAAAGAGACUUUUCUAAAACAAGACCAAAGGCAGAGAUUGCACAAAUCCUCCACAACAUUGGUGCAAACAUUUCAGAUGAAAGGUUUGAAGAGAUAUGGAAGCAAGCCUGUAUGAAACAUCAGAAAGAAGAGGUUUGUGUAGAAAGCAUUAGGAAUGUACUGGAUGAGAUACAUGGAUCACCCACAAAACCCAUACCCUUGGUGGAGCUGCAGCUGAUGGGCCAACCCCAGCUGGAUGCUCAGACGUGGAGGGAUGUGUCUAUGCCCUUUGCCAAGCAGCUGCUUGGAGAGUCCUUGGUUCCAGCAGGCGUGUGGGUAUCCCUGUGGCUUCGUCCCUGCGUGGUCCGCUUUGCACAGCCCCUUGCUGAUGCUAAUUUGAUGGGACCAUCAGUCUCUGGAGUUUAUUACCGCUUUGGGAAACUGUCGCACUCUCCUUUCCCAUUGCUUGUGCGGGAAGAGAACAAGCAAAAGAUAACUGUGGAGAAAGAAAAGUGCUGUAUUCUUAAUGAGAAUAUUGACUCAUUUCGUCGGAGCAGCACGAAACCGCCUGAACGCUUGCAAAGGGUUCUGCUGCCUGGCGAAGACCUGGCUAAAGAGGAUGACCCCAAGGCCUUUCACUGUCAGGAGGAAGGCUGCGCUUCGUUAGCUGGGUCUGUCAGCUGCAAAGCUACUGUGGCCAUCAGAUGGUCGCAAGAGCAGCUGCAGCAUCAGUGGCUGCCUCUUCCCCCCACAGCCCUUCGGACCUGCGCCCGCGGUAAGAGCGAAUACAGCACGUACCGGUGCCAGGCGCUAGCGCCAGCUACUGCUAUGACAAAAUGA